AUUCCUGCUCCCAUUCCGCGCAUAUUUCGCAUCCUUGGAGAGACGCUGCGCAUUUUACGCACUCAGCGCGCCCGAUCCUUCAUUAAUCCAAAACCGAGAGGAGACUCUGGACUUGGCGGAGUGCUUCCCGAUGCUGUAGCGACUCCGAUCCGUGGAAAAGUGUGGGAAUUAAUCCAUAAAGAGGCGUAUGAAUCGAGGGUUCCUGCUGUCUGACGUUGGAUUUCGGACCAGCUUGCUGAGUUGUCUGCAGUCUACCAGCCUUUAUUAGUAUUAUUAUUAUUGGUAGUUUGAAUUUGGGAUUACCAUUGUCGAAGCAGCAGUUAGCAUUAGCAUUCAGUUUCUUGUUGACCAAAGCUGGCUGUCCCCACUGGGAGUUAAUUAUUGCCAUUAGUAUUAACGUUAGUUUGAGUUUGCCAUUAGCUUUUUAUCACAUCACGUACUUAGCGUCAAACCAUUAGCAUUAGCACUGAGUACACAUCAGCUAGUUAACGUUAGCUGCCAGUAUGGAGCGCAGUAGCUGGAGCGGCAGUGAGAGUGCAGGGGAGGACAUGGAUAGACUAAGUGACUCAGGAGGGGAUAAGACCAUGGACGGGGACCCUGAGGGGGUCUGGAGCCCUGACAUCGAGCAGAGCUUCCAGGAGGCCCUGGCCAUCUACCCACCCUGUGGAAGGAGGAAGAUUAUACUGUCAGAUGAAGGAAAGAUGUAUGGUCGGAAUGAGUUGAUAGCCAGAUACAUCAAGCUCCGAACAGGCAAGACGCGGACAAGGAAACAGGUAUCCAGUCAUAUCCAGGUCUUAGCCAGAAGAAAAUCCAGGGAGUUUCAAUCCAAACUAAAGGACCAGAAUGCCAAGGAGAAGGCUCUGCAAAGCAUCUCCUCUAUGUCCUCGGCUCAGAUUGUCUCAGCCACCGCCAUACACAGCAAGCUCCUGCCUGGAAUAGUACGGGCCAGCUUCCCAGGCAACGCACAGCUGUGGCAGGGGAUGAUUCCUGGAGGACAGUCCAGCUCCACCACAGAAGAUAUCAAGCCGUUCUCUCAGCAAGCCUAUUCUGUGCAGACAGCAGGGACGACCACAAUCUCAGGCUACGAGCCUCCCACUGCAGCCCAAACACACAGAGAGCCGGCGUGGCAGGGUCGCUCCAUCGGCACCACCAAACUACGACUGGUGGAGUUUUCAUCUUUCCUGGAGACACAGAGGGACCAGGAGGCAUACAACAAGCACCUGUUUGUGCACAUCAGCCAGAGCAGCCCGAGCUACAGCGACCCCCUGCUGGAGUGUGUGGACAUCAGGCAGAUCUACGACAAGUUCCCUGAGAAGAAGGGCGGCCUCAAGGAGCUGUUCGGCAAAGGCCCGCAAAACGCUUUCUACCUGAUCAAGUUCUGGGCGGACCUAAAUCACAACAUGCAGGAUGACCCUGCGGCCUUCUAUGGUGUCACCAGCCAAUACGAGAGCUCAGAGAACAUGACCAUCACCUGCUCCACCAAGGUCUGCUCCUUCGGCAAGCAAGUGGUCGAGAAGGUGGAGACGGAGUACGCGCGGUUUGAAAACGGGCGCUUCGUCUACAGAAUCAGUCGCUCUCCGAUGUGUGAAUACAUGAUCAACUUCAUCCACAAGCUCAAACACCUGCCUGAGAAAUACAUGAUGAACAGUGUGCUGGAGAACUUCACUAUUCUGCUGGUUGUGAGCAACAGAGACACUCAGGAGACCUUGCUGUGUAUGGCGUGUGUGUUCGAGGUGUCCAACAGUGAGCACGGAGCACAGCACCACAUCUAUCGACUCGUCAAGGAAUAACACACACACAAACACACACACACACACACACACACACACACACACGGCCUUUGCUUGGUGAUAAAUGGUGACAUUGGAGGUAAAAUGUCUGAAAACUGAAUUCUACAAAAGUGUCUUUCAGCCAAACAAUUCGACUUAGUGAGGAAGAAAAUGGCUGCAUUUUCACUGCUGCUCACAAAACAUCACAGCAAUAAUUGGGUAAUUUUUAAUUAACACCAGAUAUGACACGGUAUGCUGCAGAAUCCUCAACAGGAGCAUUUCAACACAUAAAUAUUAACUCCAAUCUGAAUAUCAGAUGCUCAUUUGCUGCAGAAGCACAGUGGCAGUGCAGCCAUAGACACAUCCGAAUCGACCUGGGUGGUUUUCCGAAGAACAUCCUGACUCUGAUAUCACCAGGAGAUGCCAUGUCUCCUGUUAAUUGGUUUCUUCCCCUCUUUCUCCCAGUAAAUUUGUAUUUUGCUGUUCUGAUGAUGGAAAUGAAAGUGUUAUUUCUGUCAUGUGCUUUUGGGAAAGUCAACCCAGGAAGAAAAGAAGAAAUCUCACAAUUGUUGCCCCCUGUGACAAAAGUGUGUUUGUUAUCUGCCAAGAUACUGAUGGACACUGAAGGUCAGACCCUGUGUAUCAUCAAUAACCAGAGGAGGAAAUAACACUACUGCAUUAUCAUAUAGUACAGUAUAGAGGUGGUUUUGUACACUGAUAGCCACUGCAAAUUGUGUGAGCUGCAUUCUUGCACAAAAAAGAGGUUUGUCCCAAAGAGAAGAAAUCAGAUUUUUACCUUUUUGUAUGUUUUCUUUAAAAAAAAAAAAAAAAAAGAAUAGCUAAACUUUGGGAAAUUGUUUAGUGAUAGUAGCAUAUAGACUAUAUUUUAAUUCCAGGAACACUAUCUAAAAUUUAUGUUAAUAAGAAAGUAUAAGUGAAACUGAACAAUUCAGGUACCUUAUUGUGCAACAAGUGACUCUUCAUCAAGAUUGAAUAAAUAAAUAAAUAAAUAAAUAAGCAUGUUAAAGCUAUAAUCCUUAAGAUUUCAGUCCUGGCUGAUUUGGCGAUCACUGUCAGCACUAACCCUGGUGACAAAUACAAUACGCUCCCUGUGACUGCUUCACAAUAAAAGCCACUCUGUGUUUCAUCAGUUAAAAGCUUUUAAUAUGAAGCUGCAGUAGUAGGAAAUGUUGGGUUAGCAUUAGCAGUAACUUAAUACAGCUCUGAUAUGGCUGUAGGAGAGUGAACAGUAAAUGGUGAGGCUGAUGCCAGUGAGAUAAAAUUACAAACAUGGAUUGUGUCCUGUGAGGCAAUGUGAAUCCAGCGCGGGAAUGGCAGACUCUGCUGCUGACAGUGAAAACUACCAUAUCGAGAGGUGAUCACAUAAUUUGAAUAUACAAAAUGGCCAUUGCUGAAACAUAAUGCAGACCAUAAAAAGUUUUUUAAAACAAACGGUUUGAUUUCAUGAAAAUUUUAAGGAUUAUAACUUUAAGUAUUACAUUUAUUGUGGUCAGUCCAUUGGGAAGCACUGUGAAUCUUUAAAACUAUACAACAUCAUUCAUGGUGUACGAGGGAAGGAAACCUUUCAAACCUUAGAUUUUUCUGAUCAGGUUUCACUUUGCAAAUUAAACUUAGCUUAGUUCAGUAUUCUUGCACCAGCUAACUUGAGCUUUAACAUGUCCAUACUGACAAACGUGUUGAAGCCUGAAAUGUUAUUACGAUCAUAUUUAAACUGAAGCUUGCCCUGACCAGAAGCCUUGGCACCUGUUUUUCAUUUCGAGAGUUCUCCAUGUCAGGACAGCUCUUUCAGUGCUCGUUUUUUUAACUCUAGAAGACAUAAAAUAGUUUAAGACACAGUUCCCUUUAAUCAGUUCAGGACUGGUUUCUUCCAGUUAGAUGAUGAUAUAGCAGAAUUAAAGUAAUUUAUGAAUCAAAAACCAAAAACUGUUGAUGACGUCUACUGUAGCAGGUGAUGAUUGGUGGUUCGUCUGUGUCAUGCUCAGCAGCAUGAAGUGCCUUUGGGUGGGAGCAGCAGUAGACAUUUCUAAUCUGUUUUACGUAAGUCCUGAUGAUUUGGUGUUGUAGAUGGUGUACAGACAGGCAUUUCAAUGAAUAUAAAGAAUGCAUAAUUAAGCAUCAGAUGCUCCACUUUCCAGUGUCUGAGGGCUAAUUAUUCAAAUUCCAUAUUUAAUGGCUGUUUCUUGUUGUAAUCUGUAGACAGUCAGCACUGAACCAUCCUAAAGGAUCGUAACUGUAUUUCCCACAGGAUGUUAAUGAGUCACAUUCUUGUUUACUUGGUAUCUUAUCGCAGCAUUUACACGUAUUUGCAUUUGUGUAUUACAUGUAUGUGUGACAGAUUCAUGUUAAAACAGCUUGCACACUAGCUAUUGUCUGGUGCCUCAUUUAUAAAAUGCAACUUGGACUUGUUACUACUGGAGAAGACCGACUCUAAUUUAAAAUAAUUGAAAAAGAUCUGGGCCAUCAAUGACCACAGAGCUGUGAUGGUGUUUUCUUUAGAAACCUUAAAGAAAAAGUCAGUAAUCUGAGAGUGGUAUUGAUCUUCUCAUCUAACUCUCGGCAAGAAAACGAAUAACUCUAAUCCCAAAAAUGUCAAACAAUUUCUUCAAAACUGAAUUGAAAAUAAUUUAAGACUACACUACCUUACAAUUAGCAUCCUGCAUGGCCAAAAAUGUAUCAGCACCUGGUCUUUAUCCAACUUACUCAGCAAAGUUAGCCAGACAACUCAGUAAAGCUGCUUCUUGGAACAGACCUCCUCCAGACUCCUGUGCACAUUUUCUCACCUGGAAAUGUCUUUGAUUUUGUAUACUCAGUAUGUCCGUCAUGUAAACUGACAAAGACCAACACAAACACCAAAAUGAUGUGCAUGUUAAUGAAUGAGGCCCAGAGUUUUUGUUUCUUAACACACUGAUGCUGAUCAACACAGUGCCAAGACUCACAGGGUUUCCUGUGUGACCAGCUGGGAUGCUAUGUGGUGUCCAGAAUACCCAGUAACUUGCAGAGAAAACCUUGCAGAUUAACUUUGUGUUUAGGGCAGACCUGAAAUGAGCCAUCUUUAGAUUUGCCAUUGCCCAAAACCACUAUAUUUUGACUCUAUUUGUCUAAAGACUCAGGGUUACAACCACCUGUCCAAAAAAACACAAUCCUUUCAACACACUAGUGAAUCAUUCUGUUGGGAAAACCCAUUUCAAAAUUCCCCUGCCUUUCACUUUCCCAGAGCUUUGUCUCACACUCCAGCAGUUUGUUGUUUGCAGACAGACUGACCAGGCCUUCACAGCAGAGAACCAACAUGUAACAUGUGCAUGAUAACCUAACGCACGGCCUCAGAGGGGCUGAUUUUUUAAUGAUGACCGUCUGCGUCGAAAUUAUCUACCACCUGCUUACCAAAGACAGUCAUCAUGUGACACAACAUACAGAGGAAAAUUGAUUUAUUAAAAGCUAGAGUAACUUACAAGCUUCUGCCAAAAAGUUUCAAGGAAAAUGACUGCCAACCUAGAAACACCUGUAGCUUAUGGGCUACACUGUAAAACUGUACAGAUGUAAGUAAAAAAAUAAAUACAACAAAAUAAAUAGAAAGUAAUGGAAAUAGGGUUGAAUAAAACCUUUUGCAUUUUGAACCUGGUUCAUUAACGUGUUUGUCUUUAAAGACAUUUUAAUUUGACCUUAUCAAAUAUCGACACCUCUUAUCGCCUUGGUUGGCAGAUUGAAGAAGCCCUGUAUGCGAAGGUCACUGGAAACUGUGAUUUAUUCAAAUUAUGUUAAACUUUACAAGGACUCAACUGUAGGACUUUACUGUUAAAUGUCCACUCAUUAUAAUCAACUAGAGAAAGUCACACAAAAAGCAGUGUAUACACGAUGCCUAAAGGUCGUUCAAAAGGUUUCACAGUUCAGUAAACUGCUGAAUUUCGGAAUCAUCGUCGUCUGUGUUGUUAAUGUCGUCUCGUAUGUGCAAGUUGGAUAUUUAUCUUCUUUUCCGAACCACGUGUGGCACAGAAAUCCUGUCUGUAAUCAACUCCAGAAUGGCCUUGAAUCUUUUUGCUCUGGUGCAUGCGCAGCACACCUGUGUGCACUGAGGGUUCUUGAUAAGGUGCUUUGUAUAAAGGUGACAAUAACAUUUAUUACAGAUGUUGUGUAUAUCUUUGAUAUUCUAAUGUUUAUCCUAUUUUGCAAAGAAGAGAGUACAUUUAGGAAAGUCCAAAAUCUAGUAAUGUGUGUCUAUUGGUACUGCACAGGGUCUGAUCUUUGCUUUGUACGUUUUUUCCCCCUCAUGGCUAAAAGUAUGUUAGAUAUUUUCUAGCUUUGUAGAGACUUUGUACGCAUACAGUAUGCUAUUCAGUUUAAAUAAAUGGUCAGUUCCAAACUGUG